AUGCAUACGGUUGCGUCAUGCUGGGCCGAGCCGCGAGUUACCAGGCAGCAGGCAGGCGGAGAUAAUGUUCCGCAUAUCAGCAAGUGAUAGAUGUGAGGCGAUUAAUGACACACGUGCUGGCGACGUGUCGAGAUGGUAGUGGAGGCUGACAUACCCAAGGUAUUGCUACUGUACGCCUCGCAGACAGGCAACGCCCAGGCCAUCGCUGAGAGCCUUAGUGAACAGCUCGGGCAGGCGGGCAUCGUCGUGCAGGUGAAGUGUUGCAGUCAACUGGACUCCACCUCAGCCCUGCUCCAGGUGUCCUGCCUGGUCGUCGUCGCCUCCACUACAGGUGAUGGUGAUCCUCCAGACUCAGCUCGCAAACUGUGGAAGCAGCUGAAGAAGUGGCAAAGUGCCCCCCUCACCCACCUCUCCUACACAGUGCUGGGCCUUGGUGACACCAACUACAAUAACUUUUGUAACUUUGGGAAAAGUGUGGACAAGCAGCUGAAUUCAUUAGGUGCUCAAAGCUUCUACAGAUGUGGAUGGGCAGAUGAUGGUACUGGCCUAGAAUUAGUAGUGGAGCCGUGGUGUGAGGGUCUUGAGGUUGCCCUCAAACUGCAUCUGUCCAGUCUCUCCAUGCAAGAACCCACACCACCAGAGCCUGCAGCAGAUGGAGACGAUAGCUCGGAGAGUGUUUCAAGGACUACUGGUAACAAUGAGGAAUUUAAUUGUAAUCAGAAAUAUAAAGGUCCUCUGUGUGAGAACAACAGAAAGCUUGAAAUGGCCAUCUCUUCUGAGAACGAGGAUGUGGUGUGCAAGAUCAUGGCUCACUACAGUAUUGACAUGUUGCCACACCAUGAAGUGGAACAUCUGCCUCUCAGGUGUUGUGCUUUUCCUAAGGAUGAUCCACUCUCCAUCCCUGUUCUACCUGCACCAUACCUCUCUUUGACCCUCACAGAAGACUGUGAUACCCCACAAACCACUGCAAGUUCAGGUACAUUACCUGUAGCAGCCUCACAGGUGUUCAAGGCACAAGUCAUUAAAAUCAGACAGUUAACACAUCCUACUGCUGUCAAGACUGCUUUAGAAUUUACCCUCAGAUUGCCAGAGGAAGGGAUUCAUUAUCAUCCUGGAGAUGCAAUUGGAAUCCUUGUAAAGAAUACACAAAAGGAGGUGGAACUUCUGUUAGGGCUGCUAGGACUGACAGAGAUAGCAGACGAAGGUUGUGAGCUUUCCAUAAUUCCUGGGACUAAGAAGAGAGCAGCAGCAAUACCUAGUUUUCUUCCUUGUAAGAGCUCCCUCAGGUACUUGCUGGAAUAUUGUGUGGAUAUUAGAGCUGUGCCAAAGAAGCCUCUUUUGCGUGCCUUGGCAGAAUACACUACCAACCCUUGUGAGCAGAGGAGACUGUUGGAAUUGGUAAGCAAGGAGGGGGCUGGGGAAUACACCCAUCAUGUGAGGGAGGCUUGUCUGUCCACUCUAGACCUGCUGAUGUUCUUUAGGUCAUGCCGCCCACCUGUUACUACCCUCUUGGAACAUUUACCCCGUCUCCUGCCCCGACCAUACUCUGCUGCUUCAUCCCCACUUGCCAUGCCGAACCAUCUUACUUUUGUUUUUAAUGUGGUGGAGAUUCCUCAAGGGAAAAGUGUGGCCUUUUCCAGGCAAGGGGUAUGUACUGGCUGGUUAGCAUCGCUGGCCUCAGGUAACUGUGAAAAUGUUGAACCAGUACCUCCCAGUGUUCUUGCUAUCAAGGAUGUGGAGCAAGCUUUGAGUAACUUCACCCUUGCCAGCAGUGAAGAUGUAUUUAUUGAUAUCUACCUCAGAAGCAACCAGAGCUUCCGGCCACCUACGGACUCCUCCACUCCGGUUGUGAUGGUAGGUCCAGGAACAGGAGUUGCUCCAUUCUUAGGAUUCCUCAAGCACCGGCAGAAGGUUGGGGUGGGUGUAGGGGAAUGGUGGCUCUUUUAUGGAUGCCGCCACAAAGACAAAGACUUCCUGUACCAAAAGGAACUGAGGGAGCUAGAGGAAGAAGGUGUGUUGAACCAUUUCAUGGUGAGCUACUCCAGGGAGAAUGAUAGUCCCAGGUAUGUUCAGGAUAAUUUAAUUAAGUAUGGGAAAUCAUUGGCUCCCUUAUUAGACAAGGCCAUUGUUUAUGUGUGUGGUGAUGCCCACAACAUGGCUAAGGAUGUGUUUGAGGCAUUUGUGUCUGUACUCAUGAACCACAAAGAAUUGACAGAGGUUAAUGCUAGAAAGAUGAUGACCAAGAUGCAGCUGGACAAGAGAUAUUUGCAGGAUGUUUGGACAUGAUACAACCUGUCCUUAGUAUUACCAUUACUUUUAUUGUUUUUAUUUUCAUUAUUAUCAUCUGUUAUUAAUGUUUUAUGAAUAUUAUCUGCCCAGUAUGCAGGAGCUAAGAAUACUGCCACUACAUUCCCUGCAUGUCAUAAAAGGUGACUAAAAGGGACAGAGAGAGGGGACUAGGAACCUACAUUUUUUUCAAAUGAACAAAGCAAAACACUGGAUGUUGGAGUUCUUAAUGUGUGGAUGUAGUGCAAAUGGAAGUAGAAGGGAAGUGAUUCGAAGAAUGAUAGUGGAACAGAAAUUGGAUUUGUUAGCAAUGAGUGAAAGGAAGUUUAAAGGAAUGGGUGAAUACAUGUUUGGAUGUGUGAAUGAAAGGAUGACAGGUGUAUUGAGAAGGAAAGGAAGGGAGGGCGUGGGUUUGCUCUUAAGUCCAAGGCAACAGAAUUGCAUGAUAGAACUUCAUGAAGUGUCCUUAAGAGUAAUGUGGGCAAAAGUAAAUUAGGAAGUACCCUGCAUCUGCUGUGGUCUAAGGAUUGGAGAAGGGAACAGUCUCAUGAAGGGGCAGGAGUAAAUCAGUGUAUGAUGCCUGGCCUUCCUCUGAAAUACAGUAGGUGGCUAGCUGUUCUGUACCUAAGCUCCUGAGUUAUAAUAGGGUGGUCAAUGGGAUUAUCCUUUACCACUUCGGGCUGAUAGGAGUAAAAGUGGGAAUGAUGUGUUUACAUAAGUGUGUGAUUGCUGGCUUGGUAUAUAGACAAAUAGAUUAACUUUAUUGUUUUUAUUUUUAUUGUGAUUAUUAUUAUUAUUAUUAUUAUUAUUAUUAUUAUUAUUAUUAUUAUUAUUAUUAUUAUUAUUAUUAUUAUUAUUAUUAUUAUUAUUGUUGUUGUUGUUCCCCUGGUGGUAAAAGGACAUAGCCAAGAUGCCCUUUCUUUGGUUACCUAUAUUGGUAGAUCACUUCUGCAAUAUUCCCUGUGCAUGGUAAAAGGCAAGGGAUGGAGGGAGGGAACUGGGACUCUUCUUUUCUAUGCAUAUUUUACUCCUACAGUGAGAGAAGGCCAGCAGCUCCAAGAGGGAUCCCAGCCUAUUGCUAUGUUGAUAUAAUUGUGAUAUUACUGUGAGUGGUCCUCUGGUCAGGAGCCCAGCAAUCUUGUCCCCAUGCAUACUGUAUUUGUCAAGUUGUGACACUCAGGAAAAGAGUAUGCUUGUAUUGAUGUGUGUGUGUGUGUGUGUGUGUGUGUGUGUGUGUGUGUGUGUGUGUGUGUGUGUGUUUUGCUACGAGAAACCAGAUGUUAUUUUUGCCAUACUAAUAUUGUAUUGCCUAAGAAAAAAAAAUAUGUACAUUUAUAAAAUAUUACUUAAAGGGGAAAAUUAAUGUGCUAUCAGGGAUUGCAAUAACCAUAGAUAAUUAAGUUUGCUUUAGUACAGUUGAUACAGUAUAUCAAGAAAUGUGUUUGGAAUGUUACUAAUUUACAGACUCAAAAUAUUUUAAGUGCCUUAUUCGGGAGAGGAUUGUGAAGCACUUAGUAGUUGAUAAGGUUGAUUAAAUAACUCAUCUUACAAAAUUCCUUUGAAUUUGAUAAAUUUAGUUUAUGAAUUCCCAAGCCUGGUGUGAUAUUGAGGGGGCAGUGCUAAACACAGGCCCUGAUCCUCCUGUGCUCUGUCUUUUGCCUCAUGGAAUUCUGUCAUUUGACCUUUUCCUCCAUCUUAUUCACUCCUAAGUACAUUUUUUCAUCUCUACAUUUGCUUUGUUGUUUAUAUGUUCAUACUUGUCACAUGUAUGCACCAGUGUUGUAUGAAAUGUGUUGAGGAGGAAAAUAAGGAUUGUAAAGUUUGGCCAGAUGUACAUUCUGCAUAGAAUGUAGUUAUGAAAUUAUGCAGCUCACCAAUAAUUUCAAGGACUCUCUUUUUCUGAUUCUGAAUAAAUUAUGUUUAUCUGAGCUGAAUGCCCAAGGGAAAGGAGCAUGUCAGGGUGCCUUGGCUUGAGUGUAACACCUGGGUACAUGUACAACUGCUACUCGUCAUUGUUGAUGGAGUGUGAAUUUGUGGAAUUUUGUUAUUUUCAUCCAGGUCCUCAAGCAUUCCAUAUUGAUUUUUUUUUAAUUAACCUUAAACUCAAAUUUGACAGGCAGACAGACAGAAAAUAUUCAAUGGUAUAAUGAUAUGACUGCCCUUUUUAUAAUGUAUUAUCAAAGAACAUUUUUUAUGUAUGUGUGGAUCUUCCAAAUAAUAUUAAUUUUUCAUUGGAAAACUAAUUAUAGGUAAGAUCACUAAAAAAAGACAUACUUUGUUAAUUUUCCUUCAGGUUUGUAAAGUAUGUUUUAAUAUUUCUGAGCAUCCUGUGUUUUGUUAAGUGCCAUUCCAUCAGUAUGGGGGAAAAACAUUUGUAUGAAAAAAUAUUGAUAACAUUCAUGCUUUACUUUUGCAGAAAAUGUUUCAUUUCCUUUAGUGCUUGUAGUAUUAUAAGUGACAUAAAAUGAAAGUGAGUAAGUAAUUAUAACACUGGCUACUCAUUUUAUUGGUUGAUGGAAUCAUAUGAAAGCAAAGGAUAGUAACGUUAGCACUGUGUGGCCUCAGUGCUCAUCUCUCUCACUGGUCUUUGAGCAUGUGGUGGGGGAUUUUCCUUACCAUGGGACAUAAAGCCACUGUGACAUUCAGGCUCCCACAGUUUACCUUCUCCAGGUUUAUCAGUCAGCCUGAAGGGAGAAUGAACAGCUGAGUGAGUUGUGUCCUGACUGCCUCAGCCCAGAUUGAAAUCAAGGCCUGUGGAUUCACAACCAGGCACACUACCCAUUGUACCACAGAGAUGCUGAAGGUAUAGUGCAAUUUUAGAAAUAUGCAGUGACAAUGGUAAAUAGAUAUUGAUCACAAUGUUAGUAGCUCUAAAACAUUAAUAGCAUUUGGAAAUAAUAGUCACAACCACUAAAGGUGAUUCACAGAUGCAACAUUGAUCUGUUUUAAAGGCAGUUGGAUUUAUGUGGAUGAGUGGAGACUAGCACUGAGCUUAGCUUAAAUUAGUUAAGUCCAGUUGUGGGGAGCAUUCUGAUGGGUAGGGAUGGUAAAAUAGCCUUGCAUUUCUGUAAUAUUCCCAUUUAAUACAAAUACCUGUGUUGUCUGCACACCUUGGAGGGCUGUGGGUGACAGAGAAAUUAUUAUUUUUGCUGUAGUUACUGUGGCAACAACUGAUGGUCAUUGAUUGGUUGGGCUAAGGAUACCUAAUGUCCCAAAAAUAAAACUAAGCAACUUCAA